UUUCAAGACCCCAAAUUUAGUUUUGACUUUCUUUGCGGGUGUUCAGUCCUGAAUCAUGGGGUCAAACCAUGAGGGGGGCUGGAAGAAUGAGAGGUGUUUGGGCCAAAACGUUCAGUUUUCUCAGCAGCAGACGCGCUACAGCAGGUGGCAGCAGCAGCAAUACAUUUUUCAUCUCGACGGGUGUCGAGGACUGCUGUGGAGUUACAGUCAGUAUCUCAAGAAAAAAAGUUCAUUUCUGAAGAAUAAGUUCAAUCCUUUAAAAUGUCAGGGAAAUUAACCCCUUUCUAGCACGUUUUAUUAAAGCCAUCACCUGUUGGCAUUGCUUCAGUAGUUUGUUUUCACAAAUCAGGUAUGGUGAGGAUGGACGGAUCUCACUGGAAGAAAUUCUGGAAAAACACAUAUUGUAUGUCGAGCCCACCCGAUACACCUGCGUAGGUAACUGACGUCUGGACCACAGCUGAUAUAAAUGGAGCCGCGUCGUCACAAGUCGUCAGUAAUAAUGUUGAUGGUUGGCAUCGCCUUCAAGUGUGUGAGCUCCUCUGAAUGGAGUAGUGCUGUUUACUGAAGCUUCUGCGAAUUAUAUGCUCUACACGACAUGGAAGAAAACAACGCCACGUCCUUUUCAUUUCAGAACGACAGUGGUUUAGAUCAACAAAUCGACAAUGUGACUUUACCUGUGAAGGUUCCUCUAAGUUAUCAGAUCUCCACGUCUUUGCUGAUCGGCGCGCUCAUUCUAUGUUCCAUAUUUGGAAACGCAUGUGUUGUGGCGGCUAUUGCUUUGGAAAGAUCCCUGCAAAAUGUUGCAAACUACCUGAUCGGAUCACUUGCCGUGACGGACCUCAUGGUGUCGGUGCUUGUGUUGCCCAUGGCGGCUCUUUAUCAAGUUUUAGACAAGUGGACACUUGGACAGGUAACUUGUGAUAUUUUUAUUUCUUUAGACAUUUUAUGUUGCACAUCUUCCAUUCUGCACCUGUGCGCUAUAGCUUUGGAUAGAUACUGGGCGAUCACCGACCCGAUAGACUACAUGAAGAAAAGGACAUUAAAACGUGCCGCUCUUUUAAUCACCGUUACCUGGUUUGUCGGCUUUUCGAUUUCAAUUCCACCCAUGUUGAUCAUGAAAUCUCAGCCCAAGAGUAAAGCAGAAGACAUGGCCAAUCCUGAAGCUUGCAUGAUCAGCCACGACCCUUGGUACACUAUUUAUUCCACCUUUUGCGCUUUUUACAUCCCUCUGAUUCUCAUGCUGGUCUUGUAUGGGCGCAUAUUCAAAGCGGCAAGAUUUCGCAUUCGCAAAACCGUUCGAAAACCAGAGAAAAAGAGGGUGAAAUGUUUGACUGUGUCACCUGCGCUCUUUAAGCGCGCGAACGGAGAGUUGGGCAAAAACUGGAAAAGCGCAGUCGAACCCAAGCCCGCCGCGUGCGUAAACGGCGCAAUUAAGCACGCGGAGGACGGCGAGUCUCUGGAGAUCAUCGAGGUUCACAGCAAUUCCAAAAACAACCUGCCUCUGCCCAACACGCCGAACUGUGUCCCUCUGUUCGAGAACAAACACGAGAAGAACACCGAGGCGAAGAGGAAGCUCGCCUUGGCGCGCGAGCGCAAGACAGUGAAGACUCUUGGCAUUAUAAUGGGCACUUUCAUUCUGUGUUGGCUGCCAUUCUUCAUCAAAGCGCUCGUGAUGCCUUUUUGUCCAUCUUGUGAUAUGCCUUUGUGGCUCAUAGACGUUAUUAAUUGGCUCGGGUAUUCCAACUCACUCUUGAAUCCCAUAAUUUACGCAUACUUCAAUAAAGACUUUCAGAGCGCGUUCAAGAAAAUCAUUAAAUGCCAUUUCUGCAGACCAUAAGCAUCCUGCAUUUUCAGUUAGAAAACGCGUUUAACCAGUAUUGAUUGCUCAGAAAAAGAAUGGUGUAUUUUAACAGCACUGAAAACUUCCUUUUUAGUACCAGUAUACAUAUAAAUUAUUUACUCUGAUUUUAUAUAUCAGACGUAUAUUCUAUAAUUAUGAUAUCAGGUUACAUAAUGUGUACUGAAAAUGUUUAUUUCAUGUCAAUGACAAACACAGAUCAUGCCCAUGAUGUGAAAAUAAAGAAGUCUUAUGUGUUUUUGUGCUUGUUUUUUGAAUGUAAAUAAUAGUAUGCUCAAACCAAAUAUCAUAUAGGCUACUAAUGUUUUUGUGAAUGAGAUCACAUGAUAAUAUGCUGUGCAAUGCUCAAAA